AUGUAUGUGACUCGAAGGAAGCGGCUUCACCUGAGCAGGAUUAUAUUUUUUCUCUCGGGGGUUUUGCUGUGCUGCCUAUACCAGCUGACCGUGCGUGCCAGGCUGCCAGAUCCAUGGGUGCUUCCUCAGACGGGAGAUGGUCCCGCGGGUUACCUGGUGGAAGAGGAUGUGGGGAGCACAGCAGAGGACGCCACCUUUACCGCCAUCACCACCACCAAGAGGCCGACUACCACCCCGCAGCAUCCUGCUGUACCUGCUGUGGCGUCUCCACCAACAGCGGCCGCCUCAACAGAGACCCAAACGACAGCGGUUCCCAUGACCGAAACAUCUCCCUCAUCCACGACAAACAUGACGGUGCACUGCAUCUUUGCUGACGAGUCCACCACUUCUCCGACAGCUGUGACCCCCCUGACCCCUCCCCAUCCUCCAGAGGUACCUCACGCCAAGGCCGACUACCCUACGGACAUCUUCUCCGUGGCGGAGAGACGUCAGGGCUGGGUGGCCCUCCACAUCUUCGGGAUGAUCUACAUGUUCGUGGCCCUGGCCAUCGUGUGCGACGAGUUCUUCGUCCCCACUCUGGGCGUGAUCACAGACAAGCUGGAGAUCUCCGACGACGUCGCCGGGGCGACCUUCAUGGCCGCCGGAGGCUCUGCCCCAGAACUCUUCACCUCGCUCAUCGGCGUCUUCAUCUCGCACAGCAACGUGGGCAUCGGCACCAUUGUGGGCUCGGCCGUCUUCAACAUCCUGUUCGUCAUCGGCAUGUGCGCCCUAUUCUCGCGCGAGGUGCUGCACCUCACCUGGUGGCCACUGUUCCGUGACGUCUCCUUCUACAUACUGGACCUCAUCAUGCUCAUCAUCUUCUUCCUGGACAACACCAUCAUGCCCUACGAGAGCAUGAUGCUCAUCGGGGGCUACACUACGUACGUCAUCUUCAUGAAGUUCAAUGUGCAGCUCGAGCAGGCCUUCAAGACGCAGCUGAUGAAGCACAAGAGCAUCGUCAAGGUCAUCGCCAUAGAUGAGGAGCCAGAAAAGGGCAGUGGAACAUCAGCUGGCAACAGUAGGAAUGCUGACCCAGAGGACAAGAAUCGAUUGAAGCUGAAGCCGCCUCUACAGCGUGGGGGGAGCGCGGCAUCGCUCCACAACAGCACCAUGAGGAGCACCAUCUUCCAGCUGAUGAUCCACACGCUCGACCCGCUGGGUGAGGUCAAAUUCAAAGACAAGGCUCAGAUGUUGAACGACAUGGCAAGAGGCAGAUCGGGCUCCAAGUCGCAAGAGAAGGCUGACAGUGCUGCUGGUAAGGGUGGAGCAUCAAAGGAGGAGAAGAAAGAAGAGGCCAAAGAGCAGAAGAAAGAAGAAGCUAAAAAAGAGGAGGAGGAAGAGGACGAGGACGAUGAUGAAGAGGAGGAAGAGGGUGAAGAGGGCGAGGAGAAGGAAGAGAAGGAGGAAAAGGAGGAGGAGACUGCAGAGAAAGGGGAUGAGAAGGAGAAAGAGGAGGGAACGACAGAGAAAGCUGAGGAGCAGAAGGAGGAAGGGGCUGCCGCUGCAGAGGAAGGUGGAGAGGGCAGUGAGGACAGCGAGAGCGAUAGUGACGACAGUGACGAAGACAGUGACGAUGACGAUGAUGAGGAGGAGGAUGGGGAGGAACAGGGAAAAGGAGGAGAGGGAGAGUUGGAGGAGGAGGAAGAGGAGGAAGAGGAGCCACUUUCGCUAGCGUGGCCAGAGACGCGGCGUAAGCAAGUCACGUACCUCCUCCUCCUCCCCAUUGUCUUCCCCCUUUGGCUGACUGUGCCUGACAUACGAAAUCCGGCCUCUAGGAGGUUUUUCGUCAUCACCUUCGUGGGCUCCAUCAUAUGGAUUGCAGUCUUCUCCUACCUGAUGGUGUGGUGGGCGCAUCAGGUGGGUGAGACGGUGGGCAUCUCGGAGGAGAUCAUGGGCCUGACCAUCCUGGCGGCAGGCACCUCCAUCCCCGACCUCAUCACCAGCGUGAUCGUGGCCAGGAAGGGCCUGGGAGACAUGGCUGUGUCCAGCUCAGUCGGAUCCAACAUCUUCGACAUCACAGUAGGUCUGCCGGUGCCGUGGCUGCUGUGGUCCAGCAUCAACAACUUCUCCCCGGUGGCGGUGAGCAGCAACGGGCUCUUCUGCGCCAUCGUGCUGCUCUUCCUCAUGCUGCUCUUCGUCAUCAUCUCCAUCGCCUCCUGCAAGUGGAAGAUGAACAAGGUGCUGGGCUCCACCAUGUUCCUGCUCUACUUCAUCUUCCUGGUGCUCAGCGUCAUGCUGGAGGACCGCAUCAUCGUAUGUCCUGUCUCCAUCUAGUGGA